AUGGUUGACAAUAUUGAUAAUGAUUUAACUGUUCCAAUUACUGAUAAUAGAAGGCAAAAUAUGAAUGAAGUACCAAUAGAAAAUGUUGAAAGUAAUUAUAAAAAUAUAGCUGUGGAAUGGGGUUUUGAUGACACCAUAGACGAAAUUCAACAUGAAAAUUUUAUACAAAAUCGUGAUAAUAAUGAACCUUUUUUGACAAAUAGAGAAGUAGAAAGACGUUCAAUUGAAAGUAUAGCACCUGUUAUAUUUGAAUGGGAAAGAGUAAAUCCUGAACCCCAACCUUACGUAUUUACGUCAAUGUCAGGUGUCUCAGAUGAAGUACUUGGUAAAUCAGCUGAAAUAGAGUUUUUUAGUAUUUUUUUUCCAGAUAGUUUAAUUAAAUUAAUUAAAAAAGAAACUAAUAGGUAUGCAUACUCAAUUAUUCGAUCUCUUCGACGAAAAAAUAUGCUGAAACAAAAUUCUAUUUGGCAUAAAUGGAAACCGGUAAAUAUUUCCGAAAUGUAUAGUUUUUUUUCAAUUAUUCUUCAUAAUAUGUCUAUAAUACCAAAACCACAUAUCAAAGACUUUUGGUCGAAUAAUGCAUUUAUUCAUAGCACAUUUGCAUCAAAGCUAAUGACUAGAGAUCGUUUCUCAUCGAUUUUUUCAAUGUUGCAUUUAAAUAAUAAUGCAAAUUAUAUUUCAAGAGGUAAAGAAAAUCAUGAUAGUUUAUUUAAAAUCCGUCCUUAUAUUGAUUUAAUAAAUAAAAAAACAGUUGAGUCAUAUCAACCUGGUCAAAAUUUGACCAUUGAUGAAGGUAUGUGUCCGUUUAGAGGCCGUAUACAUUUCAGAGUUUAUAUGAAAAAUAAACCACAUAAAUACGGUAUGAAAUUAUAUAUACUAUCAGAUCAUCUUACAGGAUAUACUUUAAAAUUUAAAAUUUAUUCUGGUAAAAAUCAAAAAGAUAAUUCAAUAAUUGCUUUGUUUGAUAGACUUUUAGAAGAGUAUUAUUAUAAAGGUCACACUGUGUACAUGGAUAGAUUUUAUACAAGCCCAGCACUUCUGAAUGCUCUUUGGGAAAAAAAUACAAAUGGUGUAGGUACGGUUAUAUCUAAUCGUAAAGGAUUACCUAAAGAAGUAGUAAAGGAAAAAUUACAAAAAGGUGAAAUGACAUAUGCGAAACAAGGUCCUUUGGUAUGUAUCAAAUGGAGAGAUACAAGAGACGUGUUGAUGUUAUCAAUAGCUCAUUCGGCCGAUAUGAAACAAGUCUCAGUUAGAUCUAAAACUGGUGAACUUCCAAAGUUUAAACCUAAUGCUAUUAUUGACUACAAUAUAAACAAAACAGGUGUUGAUCACGGAGAUCAAAUGGUUUCAUAUUAUCCAUUUCAGAGAAAAAGUUUAAAAUGGUGGAAAAAAAUGUUCUUUCAUUUAUUUAUGGUAACAGUCGUGAAUAGUUACAUAGGUAUUGAAGAACAGAGUAAACCAACACAAAAAAAUGACAUUAAGGACAUUUAUAAUUAA